GCAUGUACUCAUGCAAAUGGUGACUAGGAUCGUUAAAGUGAAACCUUUCUUAUAGUUUCAUUUGAAAUAUUCAAAACGCUCAUAUGCUUGAUCGUUAGUUGCGUUUGACGCAAUUGAAGUAUUUAAUUUAAAAAAAAAUAGAGUUUAUUAGCCAAUAUUCAUACCUCUUAUGACAAUGGAGCCUAUGACUUUAGGAUCACCUGUUAGUAGCCCAGUACAAAAUCCAUGUAGCCCUGGCGGUACCUCCAUGUAUCUUCCAAGUUUUCUUUUAGGAGAUACAAAUAUUCCCGUCAAAAUAGGAGUAACAAGUCCUCAAGAUAAUAGUAUAAGGCAUUUGAAUGCAACCAAUUGUAGUAUAAUGUCGCCGGUCUCACAAUAUGGCACACCAGACUAUCGUAUUAAUCGUCAGAAGGCUGUUUUUGGAAAUGCUACUACGCCGAAUACAUCUCAAAUAGGUGCAGAAAAUCAAGCCGGUGGACCGCCGACUCGUGGAUUGUUUGAUGUUAUAGAAACUUCGCCGGCUUUAACGACUCAUAAAGUAACAUCAAAUCAAAACACACCAAAUUUUUAUCCAAAUCAGUCAAAAAUGUUAAUGAAUUCAAUCAACAGUAUGUUAUUCCCAGAUAGCCCAUUGAAUUUGAAUGCUAAUGAAUCCCAAGGACUUUUACAAUGGGUUACUGUCUUCGGUUUUCCUCCAAACGCUAUUAAUACAGUACUUUCUCAUAUUUCUAGCAAAGUUCGUAUAAUAGAUAAACAUCCACCGCCUUUGCCAAUAAGCAAUUGGAUACAUUUGAAAUGUGCGUCCGAACAAGAAACACAAAGAGCAUUAGCAUGUAAUGGUAGUAUAGUUUCUGGGUCAAUUAUGAUUGGCGUAAUACCGUGUACCGAUGAAGCUGUUAUUUUGAGCAAUGAUAAAGAAAAUCGCUCCAAAUUAAAUGGAAGUAUGAGAUCCUUUGGUACUUCUAAUAAAAUUAAUCAAAGUAAAGAUCAGAGUACACCGCAUACACCAAUUAGAAUAAAAAAUGCAAGACCUCUUGCAGUUGGAUAUAGUCAACAUUUAAAUUCACAAUCAGUACAAUCACCAGAAAAUAUUCCACAAAAAUCUACUGGUUUAGUUUCCAAAGCAAUGGAAUAUAUGUUUGGAUGGUAAUCAAAAUGUUUAUAAUAUCAUAGUUAUGUGAAGUUCAAUUGCAAUCUAAUUUUUAUAAAAAAAAA